AUGAGCAAGCCAACCGACGGGAAAGCCGUGAUAAUAGGGAUCUCCGGGCCCUCGAGCAGCGGCAAGACAACCCUGGCGCGGCUACUGCAGCGAGUAUUCUGCGGGGUGAAUCUCAAGCCCAAGGCCACCCGUCUAAACACGUUCAUAAUCCACGAAGACGAUUUCUACUUUCCGGAUGAUAAAAUCCCCUACACAACCACCCGCACCGGCGCAAAAAUCCAAGACUGGGACACAGCCGCCGCAAUCGACAUCCCCUUCCUCUCGCAAGCACUCCACUACGUGCGCGAAAACGGCACACUCCCGCCGCGGCUCCGGAGCAAAGAAGACCAGAACUACCAGACGCAUUCCGGCGUGUCGGACGAUGUCGUGCAGAAGUUGCGGGACGAGGUUGAUGUGCGGUUGCGCGGGGAAGCAGCAGCGGACAGCACGGCGAACCCGACGAUUUCGUUCUUAGAGGGGUUUUUGCUGUUUGCGCCGCCUGGGCAGGAACGACACGUGCUUCGUUCUGUUAGUGAUGCUAUACAUCUUCGGCUUUUCUUGCCGGCGCCGUAUGAGCUUGUUAAGGCGAGACGGGAGGGGAGGAAUGGGUAUGUGACUGUUGGGCCGGCGCCGCAACCACCAGUUAAUACUCAUGAUACUGCGGGUGCGGGUGCGGGCGGGGAAGGGGCGGGGGAAAAGACGAGGACGGAGGUUGAUCUUGAUGCUGAGGAUGAUCGGCCACCGCAGAAUUUCUGGGUCGAUCCGCCUGGGUAUGUGGAUGAUAUUGUUUGGCCGCAGUAUGUGAUAGAUCAUUCUUGGUUGUUGAUUGCCGAGGACGGGGAUAAGGAGGAGAAGGGUGAGAGCAAGGAUCAAGAGAAAGCUGAUCUUGUUCGGAGGGUUGGAGAUGGGACUAGGGCUAGGACUGAUGUUGGGGUUGAGGUUGCGCCGGGAUAUGGGAGGGCAGGAAUGGAUGUUGUUUUGAGGUGGGCUGUCGAGCUGAUUCUGGGAUAUUAUUUAGAUCAGACGUAG